CCAGUUAGCGUUUUGUUCUAUAUUUGUUGCGUUUUACACCAACCAGAAGCGCCUUUCCCUCACUCACUCCCUUCUCCCACACUUCAAUAAAUUCCACCACACUCAUCUAUCUCUUCACAAUCAAAAUGCUCAAUCCUCCUAAACUUCAACCCUCAACCGCAAUCCCAGCAAUGCGCCAUGGGUAAGGUGGCCAGGUGGUUCCGUUCCCUCUUUACCUCCAAAAAGCCGCCGGAUUCUUCACCGGCUCCCCCAAAUCAUGCGGAAAAUCCUAUGUCGAGUCCCUACAUCGACACCAACAAGCACGCAAUAGCGGUGGCCGCCGCCACCGCCGCCGUCGCCGAGGCUGCGGUCGUCGCCGCCCAAGCCGCAGCUCAGGUGGUCCGCUUGACCAGCGGUGCAACUACUGAUUGGAGGUCUGUGUUGGCCGCCGUCAAGAUUCAGUCGGCUUUCCGAGCCUAUUUGGCUAAGAGAGCGUUGAGGGCCCUCAAGGGAUUGGUUAAGCUUCAAGCCCUGGUGAGAGGGCACAUUGUGAGAAAGCAAAGCGCGGAUAUGCUCUACCGUAUGCAAACAAUGGCCAAGAUCCAGGCUCGAGCAUCUGCACAUCGAUCUUACACAGAUGCUAGAAUUAACUUCUUCUCUAGUUCUAAUCAUACAGGAGUGGCAAGGAUCGGAGAAAACGCAGAGAGGUCAAAUACUGGGAAACAUGGUGGAUCUCUUCUUAAGCAGCAUCAUUCAAGAUCAUACGUUUGUAACAAAGAGAAGUCGUCACAUCUAACUUCCAGAUGGUUAAAUCACUGGAUGGAACAAAGCGCGUGGAACAACCUCCCGGAGGCCUUCUCAGAGAGUGGCCACGGCGAUGACGAGAAAAAUGACAAGAUACUGGAGAUAGACACGUGGAACCCUCGCGACCGAGCAGCUCCCAACUCCCACUAUUUCUCAGCAUGGAAGAAUAACGACUUAGGACAGGACCAUUCAAAGAGAGUUUUCUCAAAGCUCCAAAAACCAAUCAAUCCUAGUAUUUCCUCCGAGGAAGCUAGGACUGCUGACAACAGCCCGAGAGUGAAUUCAGCUUCGUCUAGACAGACCACCAACCUAAGGGCCCCGUUCACUCCUGCUAGGAGCGAGUGCUCUAGAAGUGCGUUUGGUGAUUAUCUGAGUCAUCCCAGUUACAUGGCGAAUACCAAGUCAUCCCGGGCUAAACUCAGGUCUCACAGUGCACCCAAGCAGAGGACAACGCAGCAGCACGAGGAGCUUGCCUUGAGUGCUGCUACACACGGCUGCGAUCCUUGGAAUAUCAAUAUGGACACUGUCUCAGAAAAGGGCUCUGCGUAUGGCAACACAUAUAUCGAGUCUGGACUUGUAAAGAGGCAAGGAAUUACCGGAAACGACUCCGGCUACGGCCGAAGGGCCUACCGAUGAAUCUCUUUUCCAUGGUUACUGUCUGAGCUACAUCAGCACAUGAUAUUGUUGUUAGAGCUUAUUGUUAUAAGUUUGUUUUGUUUGUAAUCAACAUUUGUUUGUGAGGAUAUUGAUAACUUGUGUUAGAGAUUAUCAAUAUUUCACAUAUUUGAUUUGUAUUAAAAAUUUUAAAAUAAAAUUGGUUAAUUUGUGUUA